CAUGCAGUUUGACAGUUCCUAGUUUUCGCCACCCGUUGUUAUUGUAGUGAAUCUAUUUAGUUAUUGCCGUGAAUCGUGAAUAAAUUUGUUCAAAAGGAUGAAGUAUGCAUAAAAGUUUAUUUAUUGCAUGUGCUUUUGUUAAUUUCUUAUAUAUUUAUUGUAGGAAAAAGAACAGAACAACGUCGUUGCGGACUCCCGGCCAGCAUAUUUACAGCCCAGAAGCAAUCGAAAAGUGUCUCGAUGAAAUUGCUCAAGGUUCGUCCAUUAAAGCUGCCAGCAACAAAUAUGGGAUUCCUCGGUCCACUCUACGAUACCGAUUGAGCAGCAAAUGGCAAAAAACAGUCAAAAAAGGUCCAUCUAGUGUUCUCUCCAAGGAAGAAGAGGAUAAAAUUGUCUCCUGGAUCAUUGGGAUGCAACAGCGAGGAUACCCCGUUCAGCGUCGUACUCUACUUUUCAAAGUAAAAGAGUUCCUGUCUGCAAGUCCCCGCAAAACUCCUUUCAGAAAUGAUUGUCCUGGUAAGUGUGCUUAGUAAAGUAAGUAAUUUAUUUAGUGCUUACUUAGCAACUCUGUUUCAAGGUCGAAAAUGGUUCAACUCGUUUAUGCUGCGAAAUCCUAGAUUGUCUAUUCGAACACCUGAAGAAGUUUCAUCGGCUAGUGCUCGUGUAACCGAGUAUGACAUCCGAAAUUGGUUUACGGAAGUUCACAAGUGGCUGGUCCACCAUGGAAUGGAUGAUGUGCUUAUCGACCCAUCCCGUGUAUUUAAUGGAGACGAAACCUCCUUCUACCUCCAUCCAAAAACUAAAGAAGUCAUCGCACAAAGAGGGAGCCGAAACGUAUACGAAGUAGAACAGGCCUGUGGCAAACAGAAUGUUACAGUGAUGUUUUCGUUCAGCGCAACCGGAAGUGUCGUGAAUCCACUGAUCAUUCUUCCAGGACAGCGAAUCAGAAAGGAAAUCGCACAAGGAUUUCCACCAGAAUGGGGAAUUGGGCAGAGUGAGCGUGGGUGGAUGACGACUCACAACUUUAGUGAGUACGUUAAAAAAAUCUUUCAUCCUUUCCUUCUUCGAGAAGGUAUCAAACUGCCAGUAAUAUUCUUUGUGGAUGGUCAUUCUUCCCACGUAGGAGUAGAAGUAGCAGAUUUAUGUCAGCAGCUAGGAAUAAUUCUGAUUGCCUUAUACCCUAAUACGACCCGCAUUACACAACCAGCGGACGUGUCUAUUUUCAAGCCGCUCAAAGACCAGUGGAAGCAAGAAGUGGAUGAUUGGCGCACAGCACAUCCAGGGUAUAAUUUCACCUUGCGAUACUUUGGAGGUGUACUAGAGAAAGCAGUUGCAAGAGGAAUUAAAACCGACAGUAUUAUUAACGGUUUUCGUGUAUGCGGUUUAUUUCCGUUUGAUGCUAACAACGUCGACUAUACCAAAUGCAUAGCGAAACCGACGACCAACUGUGUGCCUGCUGCUGUGGGUCUCAGUAUGGAUACUUUUUCACCCGGAAUCGAUAGUACCCCAGCUAAAGUUUCAGGUAAAACUCAAGAAUCCACACAGUCGGUAACAGGAUGUGCUGAAGAUCCAGUCAGAGAAAUUUCUUCAACAGUAGGCCCCCGAUUGUCUAUCGAUAGUAAUGAUUCAUUGGCCAAUGUGAAAGCUCCAUUUACAGUUUUUUCUGAUUAUGUGCCAAUCCAUAAAGACAAAAUUAAAAAAGCUGUCGAAAUGAUAGGAAUUCCUAUGCUAACGAAGAUACAAAAACGCUCAGGUGUUGAUUUGUCUCACGAGGAGCGGGUUAUUCAAUAUUUUUACAAAGAUUUUAUUCAACCGUUUACGACCUUUGACAAUAACUCAUUCAAUCUGGUGGACAAUCGGAAUGAACAACAUACAAUGAUUGAAGUUGGGGAGAAUGACAAAGUCAUUGGCGAGUUAUUGAUCGAUAAUGAAGGAAAUGUUACAAUCUUUUCUGCUAAAGAAACUACACAACAGGAAGUAAUUAAUUUAUUGAACGAGCCGAGUGCAAGGGAUCAUCUAACGAAUCCAGAAGCAAAAUCAGCCAUCAAAUCCAAUUCAACAAGCAAUAACUCUGUCACAACGAUAUCUGUAUGCUGUGGUAAGUCAAUUCUAGUAGGUAUCAGAGUGUUGAACUAUUUUUAAUUAUUAUUAUAAAUAU